GGCCUGUGCUAUGUUUAAGGCCGAUUUAAACCGGAAAGAUAGAAGAAGCAAUUGAGUGACAACACGCUGCAAACACCGGGGAACGGUUUUGAUUACGCGAGGCUGAAGGAGGUAGUGGGGGCAAGUUACCUAUAUCGUCUAGUGAAUUAUUCAUCAUGGAGUCAGAGGCACCUCUGCAGAAUCCCAGUUGUAAAAUCAUGACAUUUAAACCCACCUGGGAGGAAUUCCAGGAUUUUGGAAAAUAUAUGGUGUACAUAGAAUCUCAGGGUGCACAUCGAGCUGGCUUAGCAAAGGUGAUUCCUCCAAAGGAGUGGCGCCCCCGACGGACUUAUGAUGACUUGGAUGAAAUGGUGAUCCCAGCCCCAAUUCAGCAAGUGGUGACUGGUCAGUCUGGACUCUUCACUCAAUAUAACAUCCAGAAGAAACCUAUGACUGUGGGGGAGUACCGGAAAUUGGCAAACAGUGACAAGUACUGUACUCCUCGACAUCAAGAUUUUGAUGAUUUGGAACGCAAAUACUGGAAGAAUUUGACUUUUGUGUCCCCGAUAUAUGGUGCAGAUAUUAGCGGAUCCCUUUAUGAUAGCGAUAUCAACCUGUGGAACAUUUCAGGGUUGAACACCUUGCUAGACAUGGUGGAACAUGAGUGUGGAAUUAUCAUUGAAGGAGUAAAUACACCAUACCUGUACUUUGGAAUGUGGAAGACUACGUUUGCGUGGCACACAGAAGAUAUGGACCUAUACAGCAUCAAUUAUCUCCAUUUUGGUGAACCAAAAUCCUGGUAUGCAGUCCCACCUGAACAUGGCAAAAGGCUUGAGCGCCUAGCAAAAGGUUUCUUUCCUGGUAGCUCACAGGGUUGUGAUGCUUUCUUGCGACAUAAGAUGACUCUGAUUUCUCCAUCCAUUCUGAAGAAGUAUGGGAUUCCUUUUGACAGGAUAACACAAGAAGCAGGUGAGUUCAUGAUCACAUUUCCAUAUGGAUACCAUGCAGGAUUUAACCAUGGAUUCAACUGCGCAGAGUCGACCAAUUUUGCCACACUGCGCUGGAUUGAUUAUGGGAAAAUGGCUACUCAGUGCACAUGUCGUAAAGACAUGGUGAAGAUUUCUAUGGAUGUAUUUGUGAAAGUGCUGCAACCUGAUCGAUAUGAUCUGUGGAAGCAGGGAAAAGACAUCACUGUUCUGGACCACCUCAGACCCACGGAAUUCAGCAGCCCUGAAUUGGAGACCUGGAAGGAGAACAGAUUUCAGCUGAAGGCGAAAGUUGGCCGCAGACCCUAUAAGAAACGUUCCCAGCCUCGCAGGCACAAGACUCAAGAUCAGAAGUUGCUCAGGGAAUUGUUUGGUUCUGAAUUGAAGCUUGAGGGGUCAGAGGAAGAAGGCAAAAAAUGUGACGAGGAUGAGACUAGCAAAGGCAUCAGUGAAGGGUUGGUGACAGACCAAAUAGUGGAUGACAUAAAGUGCCACUACCAUGUAGUGAAGGGCGAGAGACGUAAGAAAAAAGACCAACAGGUAAAGAAGGUUGUGUUUGACAAGACACGGAUGUCCUGCCAGGAAGCAUUCGAAAACUUUGCCACAAGAUACUGGAGUGAGAGAGAGUCUGAAGGAACAACUCAAUUUGAGGAGUGUACCAGAAGUGCACAACAUCGUAAUGAGUCACAGGUGCCUGUUCUAUUUCCAGUGAAGAUUAAGAAGAGCAGACGCCAUCCCCUUGGGCGCCCUCCUGCCAGGUCCCCUGUGUCUGUUGUGAAACAGGAGAUGUCCAGUGAUGAAGAGUCUAUCCCUUUUUCUGGUGAGGAAGAUGUUAGUGACCCUGAAUCACUGCUUACUCUGCUGUCCCACCUUUGGAAGAACAAACCUCCAAAUUUCCAGGCAGAGAGGAAGUUCAAUGCUGCAGCUGCCCGUAUAGAACCAUACUGUGCAGUCUGUUCCCUUUUUUCCCCAUACAAUCAGGCAGCACCCCCAGUACCAGAUUCUUCUGCCCCAGUUUCGAAGCGUGGUCAAAGAACAAAGCUGCUUAUUCCAGAGGUGUGCUUUACCUCCAGCGGCGGGAACAUGGACCAAGUGCCAGUGAGCACUUACAUUGCAGAAAAUGGUACCAGUCCACUGUUGUCCUGUGCCAAAUGCUGUGUACAGGUCCAUGCCAGCUGUUAUGGUGUUCCAUCAGAUUUGGUGAAAGAUAACUGGACUUGUUCACGUUGCUCUGCUGGUGCUUGGUCUGCAGACUGCUGUUUGUGUAACCUCAGAGGAGGAGCUUUGCAGACCACAACAGAUAACAGGUGGGUGCACAUUGUCUGUGCAGUUGCUGUUCCAGAGGCUCGUUUUCCUAGUCCAAUAGAACGUCAUCCGGUGGAUGUCACUGCUAUUCCUGAGGAAAGAUGCAACCUGAAAUGUGUGUACUGCCGGAGGAAGAUCCGUAAGAAAGUAGGAACCUGUGUUCAGUGUUCUGUUGAUCGAUGUUCAACCUCUUUUCAUGUGACCUGUGCUCACGCUGCUGGCAUCACCAUGGAACCAGAUGACUGGCCUUAUGUUGUGUCAAUCAACUGUUUCAAACACAAGCAAACAAAUCAGAGUAAUUCUGGUUCCCGUGAAAUCAGAAUUGGUCAGACUGUUAUAAGCAGAAAUAUGAAUGGCUUGUACUACAGAUGUCAGGUGAUUGGAUCAGCCACUCAGAUUUUCUAUGAAGUCAACUUUCAUGAUGGAUCAUACAGUGAUAAUGUUUAUCCAGAAGAUGUCAUGAGCAGAGAUUGUCUCGUGGUUGGGCCCCCAGCAGAAGGCCAAGUAGUGGAGAUGAGAUGGACAGAUGGAAAUAUAUAUAAAGCCAAAUUCAUCUCAGCUAAUGUCAACCAAGUGUAUCAGGUGGAAUUUGAGGAUGCCUCUCAGUUAUUGGUUAAGCGUAAUGAGAUCUUUACACUUGGAGAGCCAUUGCCCAAACGAGUAAGGUGUCGCCUGUCUCUCAGCACUGGGACUCCCACGGAUGGCACAGAAAAUGAAGAGACAGCUAAACGUCCACGAGUAACAAGUCCCAACAGACCUGAAGAACAUUCAAAAAAGUGUGUUUGAUGACAUAAAAAAGCCUAUUAAACAGAACCCAACCCAUCUGAUUUAACGGACAGGCAUCUCCAAAUAAGAAGUGGACAAAUAACAUAAAAUGUCUUUCUCUGGGUUGGACUUCAAAAGCCUGAUCAUGAAAGUAUAAACUGGAUCGGUUUCAUGGUUUUGUAUCCAUGACACAUACAGAUAUGGUCAGUUACAUUCGAGGUGCUAACUUGUAACUGCCCUUAAUAUCCUUUUAGCUUUCAAAACCUUGCAAGAAAUAUUUCUAGUACUUGCUAACGAAAAUUUGAGCGAAUAAUCCUUCAAAUUUUAUAAAUUAUCAAUUUUAAACAAUGGCGCAUUUUGUAUACGUACGCAAAAGUCAGGAGUCAGAGCAGCAAUCAUUUUAUUUAUUAUUUUUAUAUAUGUAUAUUUUUAUUUGUAAUUGAUAGUUUGCAAUGUGAAGGAUAAUAUUGUCUGGGGAAUUUGCUACUGUUUCUCAGAUCCUUUUACUCCAAUGCAGCUCCUCCUUUCUCUAAUUACCCUCUCUUUUCUACUGGUUCUGCCCCAGAUCUCUUUUCAGUAAUUGCCCCAGUGCUUUUUGCUUAGGUGCAAUAAAAUAUUCUGGUGGGAAACAGUGUUUCCACACUAGGAAAACCUUGACUAUGACAUUCCAGUAUUUUUUUAUUAUUAUUUGUGGGGAUUGGGGCAGAAUUUGGCUUAAACCAUGUGGUAUCAUAAGAUUAUCAUAAUAAUUUGUACAUAACCAAAUGCUGCUCCUGGUUGUAAAGGAUAUUGAGUGUUAUUUGGCUGUAGGGUCUGUGCUGGAUUUGGUCUAAUUCUGCAUGUGUUUGGAUCUCUGUUUUAAUAAGAUUUGAUGCGAUGGGCCUGCCCUUCUGACUAUUUUGAUGUGUAUGUGUAAGAUGUUUUCCUUUGGAGUUGUACAGUCAGCAGCAUGUUUCCUCAUUGUGUGUUCGAUUUUCAUGAUGUACAGAGCCAAAACAUGAAACUACUUUUUUUUUCUUGGAAUUGUCUGUCUCAUAUUGUGUCCCAGUCUGAAAGUCUCUUCUGUUAAAUGACAGAUGUUUAAUGUUGAUAUAAAUGUGUGUGACAACA